ACUCACAUCGGCGACGUCGAAAGGAAGAAGGUCCAUCCAGAGGCACUGACGAAGGAACCGAAGGAGGAGCGAAAACGCGCACGAGAGGCCGCGAGGGAGCGUGUAUUGCGCGAGUUCGAGGAAUAUCAGCUUGGCUUGGCAGCAACAUCCAUCGUGCCGACGUCCUCUAGCAAAUCCGAAUCUUCGGAAGGCGUGUCUUAUAUGCAUAUCUUUGACUUCGACACGAGUGCAGUGGAGAGGCUCGCUCGCUCCGCUGAGAAAGACGCUCUCCGGCAGAUCGAGCGCGAACAAGCCGAGGCUCUGAAGCGCAAACCGCCCGACUUCUGGCUGUCGUCGCUUACGCCGACGUACACGUCCAGCGGCCCGCCUACUUCACUCUGGGACGUGAAGCUACAAACAACACGUCAUGGUGGAAACCCAGCUCAUCCACUCAUCGGUGUUUCCGCGAAGUCAGUACAGUCUAUACCCACAACGGAGAGGGGCAAGACUCAUGAACCGCAGUCCAAGACAUCACUCCCUAUGUACGUAGUGCAAACAGCAGCUGCCCAACAACACUCUCAUGCAUCGUAUGUCUUCAUUGUGUCCUGCCUUUGUUCAUAUCAACUGACAGGCGCGCGGAUAGUGAUGAAACCUUGCGGACACGUACCUUGCAAAACCUGCAUCGAUACACUCUUAAUACCUGAGAAGCAGUGCAUUAUCUGCGAUGUGAAGCUUGAGGACAAGGACUUCCUUGAGCUCACGCAGGCGCGGGAAGGGACUGGAUAUGUGGCAAGAGGUCUGGCGGGAGCAUCCAAACGCGGCCUUCUAUACAGA